GCAGGACUUUUAUCUGAUCAGUGGAGACUUGCUUUAACGAGCCAGGCCUGUUCUGUCUUUUUGGUAUCUGGGCAAUCGGUCUGUAGCAUUUUUAUAUUGACAACGCAGAGGAUCGCCACACGCCCAUCCGACGCGCCGUCCUCCAUCGCAAGGUUGCCUUUCCUGUAUUCAUCUCGUGUUCCGCGUCUCCCGAGGCUACUUAAGCUAACCCAAAGACCACACCUCUCCCCCCACCCCUCCCCCCAUGACCGAGUACGACUUCUCCCCAGCUGCUUAUGAGCGGUAUGUUGCUCAGCAGACCCGGGUCUCUAGCUGGGUCCGCGACACCAACAAACACAAGUGGUCCAACCCAUACAUCCUUUCCCCAACACCCCGCGAUCGCACCUUCUACGAUAGUCCAGAUGACGACGAUACCGUCGUCCUACCCAGAACAAAGGGGCACGUACGGUCGAGGACUCUUCGCAGUUAUGAGUCCACAUCUUCCUCAUCUCGCCCCUCCUACUCUUACACAAGACUACCCACCUACCCUGAUCCGCCCCGUCAGGUAGAUCACCGGGAGCGUGAACUACGUCAGCCCCCGUCAAGGCAUCGUAGCCAAUCUCAUCCACGUCCUCCUCCUGCACAACAGACCUUCCAGACUGCCUACCCACAGCGCACGGCUCAUGCUCACUCUUACCCCCAAUACCAGGGGCCUACCGGAUCACACACCCGUCAUUACGGAACUCCGGGUUCCUACAGUUACCAAUAUCCCACCGGCCGUGGUACCACCCCUCACCGUCCGGUGUACACUGCCCCUCCACCAGGUCACCUUUACUACCCGUCUCAGCCACAUAAUCCAUCACGAGACCAACCGCAUCAUGGGCACUCGCAAUCUCGGCAUCCGAGCCGCAGUCAACCCCAGCCAUAUUACGUCGCCCCUAGUGGCGGCCCAAAAGCAGAAUACAAACGCGGGGUGCGUCCUAUUCCUACUCAGGUGUUUCUUCUGGUGCUGAUUGUGGUCGUUUUGUGUCUCCGCUUUGGGUUUGGUGUGUUGCCGUUGGGUCCCCGAUUUAAUGCCGACUUGUGAUUAAUUCUGAACGUACCCCUCGUGUUUCGAAAAUCUAAUCUCCCAUUGAACGCAUUUGGCUGCCUGACGCCCGCCCUUUACUUUUCUGACCGGUGAACAGCCGCCUAUUCAUGCUCCAAUACCCACAAAACCACCACAGUCA